UUGGAAAACUGCUUCAUGGAAACACGGAGUGAACAGGAUUCAUUUAAUGAAAUUUUACUCUUUUUUCCAAUUAUGUCCUCAUCUUUUAACCUUGACCCAGAUAGGGUUUUAUUAUUCUCAGCUUCUCUCUUCCAGUCUUCCCAGCCUCCUCUACCGUCAAAACUCAAAACACCUUCUUCCCAUCGAUCGAUCUCUCCUGUGUCUUCAAAACCCGAUUCCGUCGCUCCUCCGCCACACGCCCCAAACCCAAAGCAUUCCCGGACCUUCUUCAACCUCCUUUCGUACUUGAUUGUUUAUGCUCAUGCAUAUACAUAUGAGUAUCAGUAUAAUAUGCUUUUUGGUCUAGCUGCAAAAAUGGCUAAAGAGCCAUUAAGACUUCUGGUUAUGGAUUCGGUGAUUUCUCUCUUUCGAGUGGAUGUUACUGGAAGAGGAGAACUUGGAGAUCGCCAGCAAAAACUUGCACAUAUGCUUUCCCUUUUAAUAAAGAUUGCUGAGGAAUUCAAUGUUGCUGUCUACAUGACAAACUACGUAUAGCUGAUCCCGGUGUAUAUUGUAAUACUGCUAUUGUUCUGAUAUCAUUAUGGUGGUUGUUGUCACUGGAAAACAUUAUUUACUGAAUUUUGGUAUUGAUAUGGUUUUUCAAAUGAGAGUUUUAUUUUGGUAUUGACUGAAAUCAUGGUUUGUGUUAUGUUUUGUUUGGUUAGUAUGUGUAUAUAUGUAGACGCCAAUCCCUUGUCAAAUUAUUUCAAAUUUGAAACACAAAGAUCUCUUAAUUAUUAAAUUACUCUAUCUGAGUUCAUUGUAGUCCAAGUAGAUAGAUAGUUCCAAAGAUGAAAAUGUUGGCUCACUAUGCAAAAGAGGAAGAUGAUGAUGAAGUCCA